GCAUCUGGGUGAUGUCACCUUCCCUCCUCCCUGUGUCCCUGCAGGCAGAGCUGCAGUGAAGAGGGAGUGCGGGUGGGUGGUGCAGCACCAGCCAUGGCCAUCUCGCUUCAGGUGGAGUGUCCUGUUCUGUAGCCAAAAUGUGGCCAUCCGUGUCCAUCCUGUGUGCCCUGGUGGCCUUCGCCAAUGCUCGCAGCAUUCCUUACUACCCUCCUCUCUCCAACGACCUGGUCAACCACAUAAACAAGCUCAAUACCACUUGGAAGGCAGGGCACAACUUCCGCAACACUGACAUGAGCUACGUGAAGAAGCUCUGCGGCACCUUCCUGGGCGGGCCCAAGCUCCCUGAGAGGGUAGAUUUUGCUGCAGAUAUGGAGCUGCCUGAUAACUUUGACUCCCGGACGCAGUGGCCUAACUGUCCUACCAUCAACGAGAUAAGAGACCAAGGCUCUUGUGGUUCUUGCUGGGCUUUUGGUGCCGUCGAAGCAAUUUCAGACAGAAUCUGCGUUCACACAAACGCCAAGGUGAGCGUGGAGGUCUCAGCGGAGGACUUGCUGUCAUGCUGCGGCUUCGAGUGCGGCAUGGGGUGCAAUGGUGGUUACCCCUCUGGCGCAUGGAGGUACUGGACAGAGAGGGGCCUCGUGUCUGGGGGUCUCUAUGAUUCCCAUGUGGGCUGCCGUCCCUACUCCAUCCCACCCUGUGAGCACCAUGUCAACGGCUCCCGGCCACCGUGCACUGGGGAGGGGGGAGAAACCCCCAGGUGCAGCCGGCACUGCGAACCAGGCUACUCGCCCUCAUACAAGGAGGACAAGCACUACGGCAUCACAUCUUAUGGUGUCCCUCACAGUGAGAAGGAAAUCAUGGCUGAGAUCUACAAGAAUGGCCCAGUGGAAGGAGCCUUUAUUGUCUACGAGGACUUCCUGAUGUACAAGUCUGGUGUCUACCAGCACGUGUCUGGCGAGCAGGUUGGAGGCCAUGCAAUCCGGAUCCUGGGCUGGGGGGUGGACAAUGGUACUCCAUACUGGCUGGCUGCCAACUCCUGGAACACCGACUGGGGAGACAAUGGCUUCUUCAAAAUCCUUCGAGGAGAGGACCACUGUGGCAUCGAGUCUGAGAUUGUGGCUGGCAUCCCCAGCACGGAGCAAUACUGGAAGAAGAUGUAACCUUGAUCAAACCACAAAUAAUCCUGAGCCCCCAAUGCUUUUAACUGAUAGCAGAUUGGGUGCAGAGCCCCUUUCUCCUAAGAGACUGUAGUUGAGGUUACUUUAUUAAAGCUUUUUAUGUUUUAUUUUUUUUAAUGGUAUGGCGGAGCUGGAAGUGAAACUGCUCCCUGCAAGCCCUCUGCUCCUGGUGAGUCACAGCUGUGGGGCAUUCCAUGCUCAAAGGACUGCUGGAGGGCUUGCUGGCCUCUUGCACCAUGGCAGUUGGUUAGCCUGCACCCUUUCCAGACCGGUCUGUUACCGGGAGGGUAGGAAGCAGUAGUUUUGCUGGUACUAGGGAUGUGGUGGGGCAGUGGAGAUGGACCCUGCUGGGAAACCAUAGUGGGGGUGAUUCGCGUACCCCUGGCUGGGUUGGUCUGUUAGUGCCCGAUAUGUUAGCGUGUGCCUUGAAUUGGCUAAAUUUAGACCUAUUAAUGACAAAAUACUGACAAACUUGAUGAGGGGCUGGCUCUGCCUGGAGCUGUGUUAAGGCCCCUUCCUGCCCGCAACAAGCCCUUUGUGCGUAGCUUGCUCUGCUCCAUCCAUUUGGCUGCUUUUUAAACCACUUGUUCGUCAGCUGCUUGUUUAGGGUUUUUUUUUUUCCUGCUGUAGUUUGGGGUUAUCGAUCCUAGGGAAGGGCCUGGCUGGAGGUCCAUGAGCCUUGGAUCCAAUGUCUUGCAAGCAUCUAGGAGCACACUGAAAAGAGCAAACCACCCUUCAGCCAUGGCUGGGCAGGUUGGUGUGCAGCAGGUCACACCUCAGUGGGGGUGCUGCACCCAAAACUGGUGUGAUGCUUUGGGACUGCGGGUGCUGAACACUGACCAGAGAUGAGGGAUGUUCCCCAUGUUUGCUGCAGGGAGCUCAUGCAGAUGCUUGGAGGUAUCUCACUAAAUUGCACACAACUGAACCUUUUUUUUUUCUUCAGCCACAGGCAUUAAGAACAAAACCCCUUAUUUUUGUUACUGGGGGCAGAUGUAAUAGCCAUGUAGGAGGAAUCGUGAUUUGUCAACACUAAUAUAGCAAAAGAGCUUUUUUUUAUUAUUAUUUUAAAGCACAAAGUAUAUUGCUGAGCUGAGGCUACAUGCCUGAAAUGUGUGAAGCAGGCUCUCCCUUGCACUUUAAAAUAGCCCCUUACCUCUGCUUACUCAGACACCAGUGAGACAGAGCUGUGGUGUAUGUGAUUGGAACAACUGUGCCAAUAAAUGAUUUCUCCGA